CCCCCUUCCCGGGUGGCUGCCGGAGUCUAGGCGCACCCGGAGUGAAGAGGAGACCCGCUGCGAUUGCCAAGGUAACUGCGGGGCAGGUGGAGGCGCGAAGGACAGUUCGGCGGUCCGCGGCGCCCGCGGAGCUGUCAGACAGGGUCCUGCCCUGGGAGGAUGGCCUACUACGGGAAAUGUGUUGAAAUGGUGAUUGAGCAACUGGACAAAUUCAAACCUGAGAAGGACAGUCCUGAGCAGUUCCUGGAAGCCGCAUCCAACUCCCUGCAGGCCCUGAGCCCCCAGAAGCAGGCAUUCGUUUUGGAAGUUCUGUCUGGGUGCCUUGAGUACCGGAAGUUGCUGACCGUCGUGGUGGACGCCUUCUACGUGCAGGACGGCCGACUCUGCCUGUGGGCUGACUACAGCCUCUUCCAGGUCAUCUGCUACCUGGCCACAUUCCUGCUGGAGGAGCUCGGCUUCCAGCUCUUCUGUAACAUCGUCAAGUCCCAGCCCGCAAUCAAGGUGUGCAAGUUCCUUGGGUUCUUCUUCAACCCCUUGAACCUGUGCUCGUGGAUCAAGGACGAAUGGAGCCUCAUCUACGAGACGGCGCACGUGGAGGAGAACUGGCUCCGCCCCCUGAUGAGAUGGCAGCCAGAAGUCCAAGAGCUGAUCAGCCAGCUGGAGGGAGUGUCAGCCAGUCAGUCCCCUGUUUUGAAGACCAAGGCCAAGGUCACAGAGCCCAAGGAAUUCAACUUGACUGCCCCCAAACCCCGUGCCAUUCCAAUGCCGGAGCCAGUCCCAAUGGUGGCCAAGCCAAGAGCAGUCCCUCGGAGCACCUACCAGCUGCCCAAGGAGCAGCAGCAGCUGGACAUGGUCAAGAGAUACAAUCGCCGGAAGGCCGAGGAGCUGCUGUUGAAGGCGAACAUGGAGGAGCUGCGGUGCGCCAUGCCCAGGUCACGUUGGGAGCCACCAACACAGGACUCCAAGAAGCAGCUGCAGCUUCAAUUCCAGCCCCUAAUCCAAAAGACUCCGAAGCUGACCUUCUUCAGGCCUGACAACGUCCCAGUCAAGCUGAACACUGCGGCCAUCCUACGAGAAGGGGCCUUGUACCAGCGGCAAGUAGAGAAAGAGCUGCAGAGGGUUGACAAGCUUGUGGAUGGGGCUGGGGACUUCUCUGAGUUCCUCGAGUGGCAGAGGAAGAUGCAGGCAAAGGACAUGGAGGAGCGGCUGGCCGCAGGCGAGUGCCGGCGACUGCAGGGGAAGCUCAGCCACGAGGAGGCCAUCCUGGCCCGGCAGAACCUCAUGCAGGAGAACAAGCACAGGGCGGAACAAAAGAAGGAGGAGACAGCCAAGCUGAUGUUGCAGUGUGCCAAGAGGCGCCUCCAGGAGGACAGGUCCUUGAAGGAGCAGGUGGAGCAGGCAAUGGAGUUGCAGAAGAACGUCAAGUUGGCCCAGGCGAAGCUUGUGAAGGGCCGACGGCAGAUAGCCCAGGAGGUGAUGGAGGAGAGCCGGGAGCUGCUGCAGCGCAGCACAGAGGCUGCCAGGGAGGAGCAGAGGCAGCGCUGUGAACUCAUCUCCCAGCUGCGUGCACUGGAGACACGGCCCACACGCAAAGGCAAGCUCGUGGACCUGACCCAGAUCCCUGGGUAUGGCCUAGAAGGGGAGAUGUCUGUUGUCGAGCUGCGAGAGCGGCUGGCCCUGCUCAAAGAGACCCAGCAGCGUGAGGAGGAGGAAAAGCGGGAUCAAAUCAUUCAAGGCAAGCGCACCAAGAGCCAGGAGCUGCAGAAUACGGUGGAGCAGAUUUCACUGUGCCGCGCAGCCAUGGGGAGAUCCGCAGCCUUGAGGUGGGAGAAAAAGAAUGCACUCGCGUCGGCCCCCGGCGCGUCCUCCCAGGACGAGCGCGUGCUGGAGCUGCGGCGCAGGAUCGCGGAGAGGGCUGCCGAGCGCCGCAGGCAGGCGGCCCUGCUACACGUGUCCGCGCCGCGGCCCGCGCGCCCCAAGCCCCGGGUGCAGCUGGAGGCGCGGCGCUGGCUGGAGGUGGAGCAGAGCCGGGAGCACAACCUGCGGGCUCGGCAGCAGGGAGGCUCAGCCCGCGGGCCCGCGCGCCGCCUGGAGGCUGCCUGAGCUGGGCCGAAGAAAGCGCGCGGCCCGCCGGGUGCGCCUCCUCUUCCUUGGCCGCGCGCCCUCGGCCCCAGGACCCCGCCCUGCACCUCUGCGGCACGCCUCACCUCUCCGCUGUCCCCACCUGCCCAGAGCAGGGUUGCCGGAUAAAAGGCAUGACGCCCAGUUAUUGCGUGGGACAAACUUAUGCUAAAGAGGUAUCCGCUCCUUGUCUGGAAUUCAAAUAUAAUUGGGCGUGUGCAUCUUGAUGUGCCAAAUCUGGCACCCUGGCCCAGAUCCUAGCCCUUUCCUGUGGCCAGGCGCAAGGCAUUCCUGGCGACCCCGCCCCCUCCGGAGCUCCCGGAACCCCACCCCCCCGCACGUGGAAACCUGCAAUCCCCACCCUCAGCCCAGAGCCCGGUGGCUUCACCUGGGGAACGCCCAAGACUGGGUAUGCGAUUGUGCCUGUGCGUUUGGCUGGGGACGUAGCCAGCAUUCUUUAGCACCAUCUCUGGACUGGCUCUUCCCGAGCCUCAGGGAUCCUUUUCACGAUCUCCGGGGACGUAGGACUAGCCUGCCCCCUUCUGCUUAAGAGGCCACUGGCGCCCCAACAGGCGAAGUGACCUGCCCAAAGAGCCAAAACACAGAGCUAAAUCUGGGUUACUUUAGAGCACCCUGCCCGCUCCCCUUUCUCCAGCAUCACUGAAGGAGGCGGGACCCAACAAGGUUGGGGCCACCGGGGGCAGGAGCUCACCCAGGGCGGGGACCAGGAUAGAUUCGUGUUGCACUGGACUGGAGAAAGCUCCACCCUGAGGACAGGCUUCCGGAGUGAAUGCCUGCUUGUGAAACAUAGCCUCAAGAUGAAGGCACAUUAUGCUGCAGCUCCCAGGAAGUAGAGAAAACGGGAGAGUCCAUGGAGUAGGGAGCAGUAAUGGAGGGGCUGGAAACUGCAAGAUGGACAGGUGUCCAGGAGAAAGAUUGCCCUCGCUCAUAUUCUCCUUGGGCCUGCAGAAGAGGUGGCAACUCAGAUAGGGAGGCUGGGCCCCAGGGUACAUUCAGCUCAGGAAGGUGGGCAUCUCUCAGCAUUGAUAAGAACAGAUUAAAGGGCCAGAGUCCUACCCCAAUGCUCUGCAUUGUAUCAAAACCCCAGGACUUUCUUACAAUCCAGGUUGAUUGAUAAGGAAAGGGAUUCCCAUCUCUCUGUCAAAAUAGAGCUGGGGGCAGAUUAAAUUUCAUUUAAAG